AUGUUCGACUUCAAGUACGAGAUGUCCGUGACCGAAAUGCUCGUUAUUGUUUGGAUCAGCGCAGUCGCCCGUGAGAAGGUUCUGAGGUCUCGUACUGGGGUUAGGGAACUAAGAAGUAAGCAAUUAUGGAUCACUUUCAAAUAUAUAUUUCUUAAAAGUGGAGAAUAUACUGAAGGAAUCUGCAUGGAGCAGUCCUCGAAGCCCUGGGACAAGCUGAAGGACUGGUCGUCUAGCGUGUGGAGUCGCUUCGACCUGAUGGCGGUCGUCCUGGCCUUCAGCGCCCUGGCUCUUCGGCUCAUCCGCAGCACGUUCAAGUGGGGCCGCACAUUCUAUGCUAUCAACACGGCCUUCUUCUACUGCCGCCUCUUCAGGAUGUACCACGUCAACUACCACCUGGGACCCAAGCUUGUCAUCUUCUACAGGAUGUCCUGGUGUCAUGGCGCUGCUGUGAUCUUCAUCCUGGGCUACGGCAUCGCGUCCCAGUCCCUCCUGCACCCGUCCCACUACUCCUUCACCUUCAACGUCACCGAAGUGGGAAACAUCGUCGAAAGCGUCAUCCUCACGCCCUAUUGGCAGAUGUACGGAGAGCUUCUGCUGGACCAAAUCGUAGGUACCGACCAUGAGACAUGUCACGAGAAAUCUUGUCGGGUCGCGGACUCGUGCUUGAACCAGACUCAGGACUGCUUGCGAGACUGCGUGUGCGAGAACCCCGCCGAUUACAAGUGGACUGUCAAGCUAAUGCUCUUCGUCUACCUCAUCAUCGGGAACAUCAUGUUACUCAACUUACUCAUCGCUAUUUUCACGCAUGUAUUCGACGAGGUCCAUGAGAACAGCAUGGAGAUCUGGAAGUUCGAGAUGUACCGCCUGAUUCGUGAAUAUGAGAAGAAACCUGUUUUGGUAAUACCCCUUGUGUUAGUGCAGCAUUUCUGGCAGUUCUUUAAGGCUGUGGGGAGAGCUUGUUGUGCUGCUAAGGCCGAAGAAGAGUCGACUGAAUACGAGAGCGACGCUAUGGUAACACUGAGGCUGAUCGAGAAGGAGGCAACACAGGCUUUCCUGGCGAGGAUCCAUGCGGCUGAGGAGAACAGCCUUCAGGCGCGCGUGAAGAGGAUGAGCGACAAAAUUGACAGAGUAACAAAGUACAUUGACCAGAAAAUGGGGAUGAAAGAAAACGGGAAGUCAGAAGAACUACAGGAAAUGCAGAAAAACAAGGAUGGCAAAACCGAACGUCUUCCUGUGGUGUCUCCGCGCAGGAAGAUCACUCUUCUGCCCCCGAUGAAAGAUUCUUCUCAAAAACAGAAGCAGCAGGAAGGAAAGAAUUGCAAAAACGAUGAUGAUGACGGUGACGUCGAUGAGGACGAAAUUUCGGAUAACGAGAUCGAGUCUGAACUGGCUCAUCUCUUUGAUAGGGUCGACUCCGUGUCGAGGACAAGCACGCCACUCGCGGGGAGGAGGCGCUUGAACGAGCUGCAGAUUUACGAUCGCAUGAACGCCCUGGAAAGGAAGCUGAACGCCUACCAGAGCAGCGUCACUCUGGCGCUAGAGAAGAUUUUGGACGCGUUCGAUGAAAUGAAAAAGAAAACGACGAAGUAGGCCAACAGCUGAGCGGAAGGAAGUUGCGAUUUAUGCAAGUGUCUUGGAUGUUUAUAAGAACCUUUGGUGUGAUUUACGGUUGUGUGCAAAAGAGUUUUGUAGUGUCAUUGGUUAAAAAUCAGCGUUUCUAUUAGUUGGAUUAGCUUUAAAAAAUGUGGUAUUUCCAGAAAUUCAAAUUGUUUCCUUGAGACAGAAACAUUUGUACAUAAGUACAAAUAAUACCAUCUCAAACUUAUUUUGGAAUAUAAUGUUUAAAAAGAUGAUGAUUUUUUUUAUUUUAUUUUAUCAAUUUCUUAACAGAGGUUGAAUUGUGUUUAUAGCUACAAUACAUUUCGCAUGUUUUUGGAUCACCGUGCCUCUUUGUGAAAUUACUUGUACUAACUUAUUACCUGAUAUUCAUCAACAUUAUAUCACAUACCUUUCAUCAUAACCAUAAUUGUAUUUGUCGCCGUUGAAAGUAUCACACAAAUCCUUCACUUCAGUGUCUCAGCAUUUUCAAUUUGUCUCCUUUUCCGGCCAGAUUUCCUCAUUCGAAUGAAUUCCUUGACCUGUAUGAAAUAGCCUGAUAAUAAAAAAUAUUGCAUUUAAUAUCAGUAAGCUAUAC